AUGGCUGAUGAGGAUAACUUCGACAUCGACAUCUACGGGGAUGACUCCGCCCAGGACUUCCAACAGGAGCAGGAGCAGGAGCAGGAGCAGGAGCAGGAGCAGGAGCAGGAUGCCAAUGCGAACGGACAGAUACAACAACAUGACGGCUCAUAUGACAUGCGACAAGACACAACGUACGAUCAAACACCUCACACCAACGGCACUCCUCAGAACUACGACACGUCCAACCAAGAGUCUAACGUCAACAUCAAGCAAGAAGAGGCCUCACAAACCGAUCAGACCCAACAGAUCGCAAGUACGGGAGGCUCAGCGCGCAACCAACUCCAGCCGCCGAAACAAGCGCCAAUUCAGCAAGGCGUGAAGCGGAAAGAAGGGGCCGAUGACCGUCCAAUCGACGCCGGCGCCACGACAGCACUGCUUGUCAGCGACCUACACUGGUGGACAAACGAAGACGACGUCCGUGGCUGGGCUAAUCAGAGCGGUUGCGAGGAUGAGGUGAUUGACGUUACGUUCAACGAGCACAAGGUGAACGGCAAGUCGAAAGGCCAAGUCUUCAUCGAGCUCCAAUCUCCCCAAGCAGCCACGGCCCUCAAACACACUAUCGAGUCCUUCGGCCAAGGCCAGCAAUACGCCAAGAAGCACACGGCCGCCUUCCACAACCCCCACACAAACCCCUACCGCACCCUCCCCAAAGACGUCGUCAACCGCAAGGAAAGCAGUCAGCACAGUCGCGGAAACUACAGCGGGAACCAGGGCGGCAUGCAGAACACCUACAACCAGGGCGGCUUCAACCGCGGCGGCAGAGGCGGAGGCUUCAACAGCAACAACAACAACAACAACAGAGGCAACAUGGGUGGCUUCAACAGGGGAGGCUUCCAGCAGCCAAUGGGUGGUAUGCAAGGGGGCUACGGGGGAGGCAUGGGCAGCAUGGGCAAUAUGGGAGGCAUGGGAGGCAUGCAGGGACAGGGCUUCGGCGGUGGGCCAAUGGGUGGAAUGCCGCAGUUCGGCAACUUCAACCGUGGGGGCAUGAUGGGCGGCAUGAGGGGCGGUAUGGGCAACCGCGGCGGAAGAGGAGGUAUGGGGAUGGGUCCGAUGGGCAACAUGGGCAACAUGGGCAUGGGUGGGAUGGGGAUGGGCAACAUGGGUGUGGGCGGGAUGCCGAUGGGCGGGAUGGGAAUGGGAGGUAUGGGUGGUAUGGGUGGUAUGGGAGGCGGCUUUGGCGCUGGCACGCCGGGCCACUUCAAUCCGGCGUUCUUUGGCCAGCAGAACAGGCCCGAGGAUCCGUACUCGAAUCCGCAUGGUGCGAAGAGGCUACGGCCAGAGUAG